CACUAUCGAGCAAUCUCAUAGACACCGAGUAGAGUCUAGCUCUGUCCAGGUUAGGGCCGGUGAUAUGAAUAAUAUGACCAUAUCUGCUGCUACUGUCGGUGGACGCCCUGUUCAGAGACAACCCUCAAUGUGGAUGGACGGAAAAGAACUUGUUGAGGAUUUAAUGGGUACCGUUAGACGCAAUACUGCCCCGCGGAGUGGUAGUACUUCUAAUCUUCCAGCGGGGAAGAGAGCUGGUCUGAGAGGCCCUGUGCUGGUGCAAAUGGGUAUUCACUACAUGUCAUUCUUGGUCUUGUUGUUUGUGGCAUAUCAGACCGCGUGGGCUCCCUCUAUACGGUUCUAUAUGACUCUGUUUUAUUUCUUGUUGGUCUUGUUUGUAAUGGAGGUUGCUCGAAUGAACUUUGCCAGGAAUGCCACCGCAGUAUGGCCAUAUUACCUAUCAUUGGCUCCUUUUGGAGUCCUGAUAUUCAUAUCUCGGGAGGCACAUCAGUUAGCCAUGGUCUUGUGGUACGCAUCAUUCCUGAUUAUAUAUUUACAAUCGGGCCACGAAAAGCUGCAUCUACACCUGAUUCUAUACUCGAUAUGCUUCGGAGUAGUCUAUCUAGUGACCGUCUACAUUAUGACGACCGCCUACGUGAGCGGAUGUCUCAGCUGGGCAUGCGCCGUAGCUCUCACGGAUCCAAUAGUGAUAGAAUACGAAUUAGUGCUGCUGGCAGCAUGUGCUGUGAUGGUCUUACAAUUCAUGUCAUUGCAACAUUUCAUCAAGAUGAAUGCUGAAAAGCUGCUACAACGAGAAAACUAUGUCAAAUUCUUAUGGCUAGCUAACGUGGACUUGAAGAAACAGUUACGGCGUGCUGAAAAGGAUAAGGAAGUGGACUUAGAAGCCCCGUUAUCAAGAGCUACUCAAAUAUUACGAGAGGUCAAGUUUAGUUUCGCUGAAGACGAGACCGUCAUGCAACAAUUGGAUGUGAUACUUGGUAUACUAGCAUCGGAUUCGCUGUUUAGCCCACAAGUAUUGCAAAAGACGGAUGACGCCGAUGUACAUGAUUGGCUAAAGGAUAUGUUGUUGGCUGAUAACAAUGAUUCCGACCAUGGAUCCGUCAAGAAUAAUACAGGAUCUCUCAGACAUCCUUCAACCGCAGCCAGAAAUAGUACGCCGCUAGCGUCACAUCAUCACCCACUCCAUGCAGGUCACACAUCACAAGUCAACAUAAACAAGGAUGCACUACUGGUUGCGCCCAUGCUGCAUAUCUCUGCAUCAACACCAGAAGAAUCUACGAAUGCAUUGAUUGCGGCUUUAUCACGACGACCGUCAGUAACACGAGAACUGAUACUGCCCAACAGCAACAGCAUUGUGUUGUUUAAUAGCCCUAGUUUGCAAGACCCCAUCCGCUUGUCUACCUUCAACCUCCUCCCUGACUCAUCACCAACAUAUACGCUCCUAGAAGAUAUCGGCAAUCCAAACUUUGACAUGUUUGAAUUCGACAAGGCAACAAACAAUCAACCACUAUUCUAUCUUGGUUGGCACAUAUUCCAAAAGCAUGGAUUUGGAAGCAAGCUUAAUAUUCCAGACGAUGUCAUCAAGAACUGGCUGCUUCGUAUCGAAAUGGGUUAUAAAUCAACAAACCCAUAUCAUACCGCCGUACAUGCCGCAGACGUGACUCAAGCAAUGCAUUAUUUCGCUACAAGGGACAGGAUAUGGCCACAUUUAACCACCGAAGAGAAAUUCGCUGCUGUCGUAGCACCAAUUAUUCACGACUACAACCAUCCUGGUGUCAAUAAUGCCUUCUUGGUUGCCACUGCAAAUCCUUUAGCAUUACGAUACAAUGAUCAAUGUAUACUGGAGCAUUACCAUUCUGCAAGUGUAUUUGAAAUCAUGGCCAACUAUAAGGAAUGUGAUAUAUUCUGUGGGCUGAGUCCAGAAGGUAGAAAGAGUGUGAGAGAAAUGAUUGUGUCGAUGGUGCUGGCUACAGAUAUGUCUCAGCAUUUCGAUUUGGUUGGAAAGUUCAAGACAAAGCUGAAUUCUACAGAGGGCUUCAAUCUAUUGCAAAAACUAGACAGAAAACUCUUACUGAAUAUUUCCAUCAAGUGUGCUGAUGUGAAUAAUCCUUCAAAACCAUUGGCAAUGUGUCGAAAAUGGACAGACUUGAUUAUGGAAGAGUUCUUUAGACAAGGAGAUGAAGAACGGAGCAGAGGUUUACCUAUAUCUGCGUUCAUGAAUCGGGAGACUACAGAUAUUCCGAAAUGUCAAAUGGGUUUCUUGGACUACAUCGUAACGCCACUAUACGAAACAUAUGGUGGCUUUAUGAAGGAAGAUGUGCAACCUCAUCUUGAUAAUCUGGCAUCAAAUCGGGCUUAUUGGAAGGGCCGAUCCGAGAAGUUCCAACAACAACCAUCCCAAGCAACAAUACCGCUGUCGUCAAGUUCCCAAACGCCAUCCCUCAUAAAUCCAACAGCAUCUGCCACUACGACAAGCGCACAAGCUAUAUCAACAAGCUCAAGAGCAAGCUCAACCCAGAACCUACCCCUUCACUCACCGCAGUCGUCGACAGUAUUGACAAGAGGUACAGUAGGAAGGAAUGGUUCUUCAGAUGCUGGUGCCGGUGCUUCAAGACCGACAGGUGCAAUGCGAGCAUCUGGUAGCUUUGCAUGA